AUGGUGGUCAACGUCUUGAAGGCAGAACAGGUGGUGCGCGGUGUCCCCGUUGCCCGCAUCAACGAAGAUGGGCAUGGAGUUGUCCACCUGCACGUACGGAAGGACAAAGAGACCUUCGAAUUCAGCUUUCGGCGAACCUUGCCGGGGGAGAAGCUGAACCUCAAAGUGGGUGUAGCGAAGCACGAUCGCUUCAAGAAGAAGGAGCCAGGAAAGUACCGGCUGGCAAUCCAUGAGCGAACUGCAGCAUCCACCGAAGAGGUGACGCCUCGGUGCCCGCAUUUUGCGCAGAAAUGCGGAGGCUGUGCCUUCCAGAACUUGAGGUACGAGUCACAAGUGGACGAGAAGAUGCAUCUCCUGGAGAUCCUCCUGGAUCAGUUUGGACUGCUGCGCCAGGAGGUGGUUCUUGCAGACCCGGUGUCUUCCCCGUCCAUCUUCGGCUUCCAUGCAAGGACAGAGUUUCGAGCUUUUCUGCGAGAUGGGCUGCAGUUCGGCAUGCACCCGGAAGGAAGCCCAAUACCCAUCUCCAUCACGGAGUGUCAUCUCCAUUCGGAGAGUGCGCAGCUGGCCUUCGACGCCCUGCGACGCGCAUUGCGUGCUGCUGGCGCCACCGCCUUCGACGAGCGAACGGGACGAGGAUGGCUUUGCAAUCUCAUCCUGCGCUCGGCGCUGCCACGUCAGGGUGCCGAGCCACAGUUGCUUGCGACGCUGGUCACGCUUCCGGAGGCUCCACGGGACGUGCUUGAGAGUGCUGCUAGAGAAGCGCAAUCUCAGUGCUCGGCUCUAGUCGGUGUUACGUGGUCACAAGAGGGUGGCGAAGGAUUAAAGAUGCCCGGCUGGCGAAGCCGGGGUCACCAGAAGCAUGAGGUCUUGGUUGGGCGGCCGUAUCUUCUUCAGGACAUCGACGGAGCUCCGCUCCGUCUCGUCCCAGAAGGCUUCCUCAGGCCCAACAUUUUCCUCGCGUCGGAGCUAUCUCGCACGGUGGUGGACUUCUGCAACGCCAGUUCGGACAGCAUCGUCUGGGAUGCCUUCUGCGGCCAAGGCCUCUUGACCUUGCCCCUGGCAGCCACUGGGAGCCGUCUGGUAGCUUUGGAUCGCUCGCAGCCAGCCCUCAAGGCCCUCCGCAGCAACCUGAAAGCCCAAAGCCUGACGGCCGAAGUUGUGUGCGGAGACCUCGGUAUCCCUGUAUUUCUCCAGAAGUUGUUGGCAGCGCUGCCGACAAGGUCGAUGAUCUCCCCCCACAGUCAGGACGAGGGCGACUUCAGCGAGGAUGACAUGGAGGAAGCCGACCAAGCAAGCCAAGAUGACAGCCCGCCGUUCGUGGGUGCUGUGCCCACCACGCUGCCGGCACCAGAUGUCCUCGUCGUGGACCCUGGACGGAAUGGUCUUCCCAAACCCUUUCGUCGGUUCGCUUUGGACCUGCGUGUGCCGACGCUGGUGUAUGUUGGGAGUGGUCGUGGCCUGCUUCGGGACGUGGCCCUGCUUUCGAAGCGUGGAUAUCAGCUCAGGAAGCUCCAGCCUAUAGACCUGCAACCACAUUCGGCGCGCUUGGAGGUCGUUGCCAG